AUGGCAUACGACGAUGAUGAAUACUUCGUCUCUCUCGAAGGCCAGCGAGUCUUUGGAGCCGGUAUCAAGAGGAAACGAGUCCAUUUCAUCCCCUCUAGCGAAACAUCUGCCAGUGCUAUAUCCUCCUCACCACAAGAGACAUCCAGUUUCAGCACACCAAAUACUUUUUCGAUCGGCGACAGGUACCUAUCAAUCGUCCUUCCUUCCUCAUCGGACGCUGGGAAGUCGAAACUUCACCAAACAACCUCAACCACCACAUCCAUAUCCACCACACCAACCUGCGAAAUUUGUGACCUACCACUUCCACCGUUCCCUUCUCCGUUUCUAGAUUCCUCUUCCUCCUCUAGCCAGAUGGCAAAAUAUACCUCGAAUCCCCAUGAGGCCACGCUUGCGCACCAAGUUUGCCUCCCACACUCUCACCCGCCUUCCGCCAUCGACCGCACACGAACCGGCUUCAAGUAUCUUUCAGCACAAGGCUGGGAUCCAGAUUCGCGUCUGGGCCUAGGCCCUCAGGGCCACGGUAUCGCGGUGCCACUGAAACCUAGGGUAAAGCACGAUACACUUGGCCUAGGCGUUAAGCAACCAGAGAAGGCGAAGCAGGCGAAGACAAGGGUGGAGAAGCUGAAUGCAAAGCAGGUGAGGAAGAUGGAGGUGGAGGGGAAAAAGAAGGGAGAAAAAUUGAGGGAGGUGUUUUAUGCGAGCUACGAUAUUGAGAAGUAUUUAGGGAGUUAA